GAGCGGCAGGGGUGGUGCCGCGCCGGGUUUGGCAGUGGUGUGAGGGCGCGGCGGGGACGCGGGCGCAUCCCCUCUCGUCAGCCGCGAGCCUCGUGUCUCCGGCGACCGACGCGGCCGCUCGGGUGACAGGUGUGCUCUGGACCUGCGGCGCCUGUGCGUGGGCCGGGCCGGCUGGCGAACGCACGCGGGCGGGAGCGCUGACGGCGGCGGCUGUGCUCUGAUCCUGAGGUCUCCUGCACCACUCUCCAGAAGCCGCCACCAUGGUGUACCACUGGCAGUCCAACGACGUGAAGCGCUCGGGCGUCGACGACAUGGUGCUGCUGCCCCGCAUCAGCGAGGACGCCAUCGUCGACAACCUGCGGAAGCGGUACAGCGAUAAUUGCAUCUACACCUACAUAGGGCCGGUGCUCAUCUCGGUGAACCCGUUCCAGCAGCUGCCCUACUACGGCGACAAGCACGUGGAGCAGUACCAGGGCGCCGCGAGCCACGAGAACCCGCCCCACGUGUACGCGCUGGCCGAUGAGAUGUACCGCAACAUGUUGAUCGACGCUGAGAACCACUGCGUCAUCAUCAGCGGCGAGUCCGGAGCGGGGAAGACGGUAGCCGCCAAGUUCAUCAUGCAGUACAUCGCCCGCGUGUCCGGCGGCGGCCAGCGUGUCCAGCACAUCAAGGACAUCAUCCUCAAGUCGAACCCGCUGCUGGAGGCCUUCGGAAACGCCAAAACAGUGCGGAACAACAACUCCAGCCGCUUCGGCAAGUACGUGGAGAUCCAAUUUAGCAGCGGCGGCCAGCCCAUCGGCGGCAAAAUCUCCAACUUUCUGCUGGAGAAGUCGCGUGUGGUGCACCAGAACGAGGGCGAGAGAAACUUCCACAUCUUCUACCAGCUGCUGGCUGGCGGCACCAACGACAUGAAGCAGGACUUGGGCCUGACGACCCCGGACUACUUCGCCUUCCUCAACCAGUCCAGCAUGUACAAGGUGGACGGCACGAAUGACGCCCACGAGUUCCAGGAGACGCUCAGAGCCAUGUCGGUGAUGGGCCUGUCGGAGGAGCAGCAGAUGGAGGUGCUGCAGGCCGUCGCCGCCAUCCUCCACAUGGGCAACGUGCCGUUCGCCGAGCACGGCAACGACGCGCGCGUGGAGGGGCGCGAGUACCUGUCGUACCCGGCCUACCUGCUGGGCGUGGCCGAGGAGGCUCUCGAGAAGAAGCUGCUCAGCCGCGUGUUCGAUAGCCGCUGGGGCGGCCAGGCGGACCGCAUUGAUGUCACGCUGAACGUGGAGCAGGCGUGUUACACGCGUGACGCCUGGAGCAAGGCGCUCUACUCCCGGCUCUUCGACUUCCUGGUGAAGACCGUGAAUGAUGCGAUGCAUACUCAGACAGAAGGGCUGAACGUUGGCAUCUUGGACAUCUACGGCUUUGAGAUAUUUCAACGGAAUGGGUUCGAGCAGUUCUGCAUCAACUUCGUGAACGAGAAGCUGCAGCAAAUCUUCAUCGAGCUCACUCUGAAGGCCGAGCAGGAGGAGUACGUCCGCGAGGGCAUCAAGUGGAGGCCGAUCGACUACUUCAACAACAAGAUCGUGUGCGACCUGAUCGAGGCCAAGCGGCCGCCCGGCAUCAUGCUGGUGGUGGACGACAUCUGCGCCAAGAUGCACGCCGUCACGGAGGGGGCCGACCGUGACCUGCAGACGCACCUCGACUCUGUGAUGAGCAGCCACCAGCACUAUGAGAGGAACAAGGAGGGCUUCAUCAUCCACCACUACGCCGGCAAGGUCAGCUACGAUGUGGACGGCUUCUGCGAGCGCAACAGGGACGUCCUUUUCAACGACAUCGUGGAGGUGAUGCAGUCCAGCACGAGUGAGUUCCUGCGGAGCUUGUUCCCGGAGAACCUUUCCAAGAGCAGCAAGUCGCGGCCGACCACGGCCGGCUCCAAGAUCCGCGGCCAGGCCAACAUCCUGAUGGACACGCUGAUGAAGAGCACGCCGCACUAUAUCCGCUGUAUCAAGCCGAACGAGACGAAGCGCGCCGGCGACUGGGAGGAGAGCCGCGUCAAACACCAGGUGGAGUACCUCGGACUCAAGGAGAACAUCCGCGUUCGGCGCGCCGGCUUCGCCUACCGCCGGCCCUUCGACAAGUUCCUCAAACGGUACGCCAUCCUGACUAAGGAGACGUGGCCGGCGUGGCGCGGCGACCCGCGCGACGGCAUCCACCGCAUCAUGACCGCCGUCCGCAUGGACGACGACCAGUUCCAGCUGGGCAAGACCAAGGUGUUCAUCAAGGCGCCGGAGUCGCUGUUCCAGCUGGAGGACAUCCGGGAGCGGAGGUUCGACGGCUUCGCCCGGGUCAUCCAGAAGGCGUUCCGCCGCUACUUCGCCGAGAAACAGCGCCAGAAGCAGCGCAAGGAGGCGAGCGACCUGUUCUACGGCAAGAAGGAGCGCCGCGAGCACUCGAUCAACCGGCACUUCGUCGGAGACUACAUCGGCAUGGACGACCAGCCCGGCCUGCGAGCGCUGGUCGGCAAGCGGGAGAGGAUCGAGUUCGCCGAGACGGUCGUCAAGUAUGACCGGCGUUUCAAGGCGAGCAAGCGGGACCUGAUCCUGACGCCCAAGUACGUGUACCUGGUGGGCCGGGAGAAGGUGAAGAAAGGGCCGCAGAAAGGUCGGCUGGUGGAGGUGGUGAAGAGGAAGAUCGACCUGCCGUCGAUAAGCCACAUCUCACUCAGUCCAUACCAGGACGACCUUCUGGUGAUACACGUGCGGAACCAGUACGAUAGCCUUCUGAUGCUCAACUUCAAGACCGAGUUCCUGACGGUGCUCAAGAAGAAGUGCGAUGAAAGCAUUGGCUCGAACAUCAUCAUCAACUUUGCAACACAGGUGGAGUUCAAAGUGAAGAAGGAGGGCUGGGGCGGCGGUGGCGUGCGUCACGUGCACUUUGAGCGAGGUCAGGGCAACCUGGCCGUCAUGAAGGUCAACGCCAAGCAGCUGACCGUCUCCAUCGGCGCUGGACUGGACAAAAACUCAAGGCCCUCGGAGACGCGGUCGACAGGGCGGCGAGACCCGCGCAGCCGUCUGCCGCAGCGACCGGCGCCGGGCGCGGGGCGCGGCCUGACACACCGCCCGUCAGUGCGGCAGGCGGCGCCGCCGCCGCCCAGCCCGGCGGCCGCCGACCUCACCUUCAUGCGUCCGCCGGACGCCGGUGUGGCCGGUGUGAAGCGGGCCAGUGUGGGCCAGCCGGACAAGCCGGUGCCGGGCGGCGGGCGGCCGAAGCCGGCGCCCCGCCAGCCGGCGCUGCCCAAGUGUCGAGCGCUGUACAGAUACGAGGCUCAGGACGUCGAUGAACUCAGCUUUGAGGAGGGCGAGAUCAUUGAGCUUGUGCAGGAAGACGCGUCCGGCUGGUGGCACGGGAAGUUCAAGGGCAAGAAGGCCCUCUUCCCGGGCAACUACGUCGAGAAGAUAUGAGCGCGACCGCUCUCAGCGCCCGUGACUGAGCGUCACCGCUGGGUCAGACGCUGCAGCCGGCGCCGCGGCCUGGCCAGGAGCCGAGGUGGAAGGCCGAGAGCUUGCUCUUUAGCGGCGGGGUCACCCGCCGGCCGAGCUGGCACGAGCUGGCACGGCCAGAGCCCGCGGCGCGUCCGUGACCUCCCAGCACCGCACUCCUGUCUACACUCGUCUGUGAUAUAGCAGUGUUCGGGACAGUGCCCGGACCUCCCUCUCCCCCCCCCCCCCCCCUCCCCUCCAGACGCGGAGGCCGGGCCGAACCCGCGGUCUGCGGCGGGGGGCGUUUGUUACGUGCGGCGCCGAUAAUGUCAAAUCUGUUCCGACUGCGCGAUAGCGCGGCGCCUGAUUGUCCGGGUCGCCGGCGGUGUCUGCCUCCGCCCGCCCCGCGCGCCGCCUGCAUUGUACGAGUACGUUACGUGUAUCCCAGUAUGCGAGAACCGACCGUAGCCUUCAAAACUGCCGUAAUCUUGUAACGCAUGGAGUGGUGUGCUGCUUGCCUGACCGUCUGCGACAGUUGACGACGGAAGUGCGGGUAAUCGUCCCAGUAGUGCCGUCAGUCGAGGAGUUCGUGCCGCUCGCGCUAGUCCAUCGAGAUGACCCCGCGGUGCUCGGUGCCCUAAUCCUCGCAUGCACCGACGCGGUAAUGUGUUCGUUCGUCGUAGUGUCCACGCACGUAUAAAGUCGCUACGUAUGAAAUG